AAAUUUACAAAAACAAACAGAGUCACACAAAAAUCACACCUCUGCACAAAAUGCGUUUCCUCCUACUUUUCCUUUUCCUUCUCUGUCUCCGCUGCGGUUCCGCCGCGCGUAUGACGGAGCACACCGCCUUGCUCUCAAUCAAAGCCGCCAUCUCCGACGACCCCCACUCCGCCUUGGAAUCAUGGACCCCUAACAACACCAACAUUUGCUCAUGGAAGGGGCUCACCUGCGACCGCUCCGGCCGCCACGUCAUCUCCGUCGACAUCUCCGACCUCAGCCUCACCGGCACUCUCUCCCCCGACAUAGGCCACCUCCGCUUCCUCCACAACUUCUCCGCCGGCGCCAAUUCCUUCUCCGGCCCCGUUCCCCCCUCGAUUUCCGACAUUACCAACCUCCGCUUCCUAAACCUCUCCAACAACAUCUUCAAUCUCACUUUUCCACCGCAGCUCUACCGUCUCCGGAAUCUCGAGGUUCUCGACCUCUACAACAAUAACAUCACCGGCGAGUUCCCCAAGCAGGCGCACCUGCUCGCUAAUCUCCGCCAUUUGCAUCUCGGGGGGAAUUUCUUCUCCGGGGAAAUGCCGCCGGAGCUCGGCACGUUUCAGCAUCUAGAGUACCUCGCUGUUUCCGGAAACGAGCUCACCGGAGCGAUUCCGCCGGAGAUCGGAAACCUGACGCAGCUGAAGGAGCUUUACAUUGGCUAUUUCAAUACAUUUUCCGGUGGACUUCCGAAGGAGAUUGGGAAUUUGUCGCAAUUGGUGCGGUUUGACGCUGCUAGCUGCGGGCUUACCGGCGAGAUUCCGGCGGAGAUCGGGAAGCUGCAGAAUCUGGACACGCUUUUCCUCCAAGUGAACGGGCUUUCCGGUAGCCUCACGCCGGAGCUUGGCUACUUGAAAAGCCUGAAAUCUAUGGAUCUGUCAAACAAUAUGUUCACCGGCGAAAUACCACUGUCGUUUCAGCAGCUGAAAAACGUAACUCUCCUAAAUCUUUUUAGGAACAAGCUCACCGGCUCGAUACCGGAUUUCAUCGGCGAGUUGCCGGAGUUGCAGGUUUUGCAGCUGUGGGAGAAUAAUUUCACCGGUGUAAUCCCGCAGAUUUUGGGGAACAAUGGAAGGCUACAAGAGGUAGACGUCAGUUCCAACAAAUUGACCGGAACUCUUCCCCCAAAUCUCUGCAAUGGCCAUCAGCUCCACACCCUAAUUACUCUCGGAAACUUCCUCUUCGGACCGAUUCCCGAGUCACUGGGUCAGUGCGAGUCGCUGACUCGGAUUCGGAUGGGUGAAAACUACCUCAACGGCUCGAUUCCGAAAGGGUUACUGAGUUUGCCUAAACUAACUCAGGUUGAGCUUCAAGAUAACCUCCUCUCUGGAUCUUUUCCGGAUACUGAUGGAUUGUCCGCCGGUUUAGGCCAAAUCAGCCUCUCCAACAAUCAUCUCGCUGGCGAUUUGCCGCCGAGCAUCGGGAGUUUUGUUGGCGUUCAGAAGCUUUUGCUCGACGGCAACAAAUUCUCCGGCAGGAUUCCAGCCCAGAUAGGGAAGUUGCAGCAGCUUUCUAAGAUGGAUUUCAGCCACAACGAGUUCAGCGGCCCCAUUGCGCCGGAGAUCAGCCAAUGCAAGCUUCUGACAUUCGUGGAUCUCAGCCGGAAUCAGCUCGCCGGGGAAAUUCCCGUUGAGAUUACUGGUAUGAAGAUUUUGAACUACUUGAAUUUAUCAAAGAAUAAUUUGGUUGGUAGCAUUCCCUCAUCCAUAUCCAGUAUGCAGAGUUUAACCUCUGUUGAUUUCUCAUAUAACAACUUGUCUGGUUUGGUUCCUGGCACUGGUCAAUUUAGCUAUUUCAAUUAUACUUCAUUUUUGGGGAACCCUAAUCUCUGCGGCCCUUAUUUGGGCCCUUGCAAAGAGGGCAUUGCCAGUGGGGUUGCAAAGCCUCAUGAAAAGGGGGCUCUCUCUCCUUCCAUGAAGCUAUUACUCGUUAUUGGACUGCUGGUUUGCUCGAUUGUAUUUGCGGUGGCUGCAAUCGUUAAGGCCAGGUCGUUGAAGAAGGCGAGUGAGGCUCGUGCGUGGAAGCUCACUGCCUUCCAGCGCCUGGAUUUCACUUGCGAUGAUGUCUUGGAUAGUCUUAAAGAGGACAAUAUCAUCGGUAAAGGAGGUGCCGGCAUUGUUUACAAAGGAGUGACGCCGAGUGGCGAGCUAGUUGCUGUGAAGAGGUUGCCUGCAAUGAGCCGUGGGUCUUCCCACGAUCAUGGCUUCAAUGCCGAGAUACAGACUCUUGGGAGGAUCAGGCAUAGACACAUUGUGAGGUUGCUGGGGUUCUGUUCCAAUCAUGAAACAAAUCUUUUGGUCUAUGAAUACAUGCCUAAUGGAAGCCUGGGGGAGAUGAUUCAUGGCAAGAAGGGAGGCCAUCUCCAUUGGGAUACACGGUAUAAGAUAGCUGUGGAGUCUGCCAAGGGGCUUUGCUACCUUCAUCAUGAUUGCUCGCCACUGAUUGUGCAUCGUGAUGUUAAAUCGAACAAUAUCCUCCUCGACUCCAACUUUGAAGCUCAUGUGGCUGAUUUCGGGCUCGCCAAGUUCUUGCAGGAUUCGGGUACUUCGGAAUGCAUGUCAGCCAUUGCUGGUUCUUACGGAUACAUUGCUCCUGAAUAUGCCUACACGCUGAAGGUGGACGAGAAGAGCGACGUAUACAGCUUUGGGGUGGUGCUGCUGGAACUCGUGACCGGGAGGAAGCCCGUUGGCGAGUUUGGGGAUGGUGUGGACAUCGUGCAAUGGGUGAGGAAGAUGACUGAUGGAAACAAGGAAGGCGUGCUCAAGAUUCUCGAUCCGAGGCUUCCUACUGUGCCCCUCCACGAGGUGAUGCACGUGUUCUACGUCGCAAUGCUCUGCGUCGAAGAGCAGGCAGUCGAGCGCCCCACCAUGCGCGAGGUCGUCCAGAUACUCACGGAGCUCCCCAAGCCACCACCCUCUAAAGCUGGGGAUUCAUCUCCGCCACCACCAUCGGCGUUGGACUCCCCCACCGCUCGUCCGCCUCAGUCGCCACCUCCGCCGCCCGAUCUUCUCAGCAUCUGAAGGUGAUCCCAAGCCUCCUUGCAUUGGGAUAGCAGCUUUAGCUAGUUUUGGUGCCUUAGUUUUUCAUUUCCCUAAUGCUAUCUAUUGUUUCCUUUUUUUUUUAUCUUAUGAGUUUUCUUGGGGGUGUUUACUGUUUAGUCUAACUUUGAAUGUGUCUGUUAUUGAUUUCGAAGUAUGUGUACAGCUGCAAUGAGGGGCACUUUUGUUGAUGCUGUAUAAGAAAAAUAUUAGUAGUACUAAAAAUUAUAGGUAUGUUUA